AUGGGCAAAACCCUAUGGAGCUCACUGAUUCUACAGGCCACCUUGAUCCUGCUCCUGAACUCCAGUCAUGCAAGGACAAAUGACCUUGAUGACAUAACCCCAAAAUCUUUGUUAGAUAACUCAAUAACAAUUAGUAAGAAGGAUGCACUGGAUAUCGCCAGUAUUGUUUACAAUCUGCAUAGCAAGGAAGCAAACAUCAGCAACAUAAUGAGCAACAACCUUAAGGUUGUAUAUAAUAUGGUUUACGGUGAAGUAGAACUAAGACCAACAACAUGUACCCGGGCUGAAUCUGUCUUAGAUGAAUGUCUUUUUAAAACCAACCUCGAUCGGAUGCACGACAGUGAAAAUGAAAUUGAAUACUUGAAAUUGAAAUGGAACCAAAAUGAAAAAACAUGCAGCAAGUUCCAGUCUGAACUAUCCAACUGCCCCUUCAGUGAACAUCUGGAUAAGCAGAAGGGACAUCGGUGCUGGUUCAGGAUCUUCAAUGAACCCUUAGGUAUGAAUGUGAUUUCCAUAUUCUUCAUGUGCCGAAAUAUCUGA